AUGAACUUAUUCUCGGAACCCUUGCUCGAUAGUGUCGUUGAUGAAGUGGCGAACCGUGCGAUAAUACUCGGAGACUUGGAUUUUAGUCUAGGUCCGUCUCCCUCCUCGAAUCGUUUCGGCAGGAAAUGCCCUCACUGUACCUACUCGUCCGACUUGAAACUGGAGCUGCAAGCGCAUAUGCGAGAACAUGUGAACGAGCGACGUCACCGGUACUGUUUAUUUUCCGCCGUGACGGGUCCGGAGUUGAGACGCCAUGAACGAACCCACACCGGCGAGAAGCCUUUCAACUGCAAGUAUUGCGGUAGAGCGUUCUCCGAUAACGGGAACCUCAUAAAGCACGAGAAAGCUCUCCAUACAGGAGAUAUGCCAUACAAGUGCCACAUUUGCCCUUAUCGGUCCAUUCGGAGAGGAUUCCUCUUACAGCAUCUUCAGAAGAUUCAUGAUAUAUUCAUGAAUGACAGCGAUAAGCCUCUAUGA